AUGUUUGCCGGCCGGGCGUCGGCGGCGGGAGCUGCUGUCGGGUCGGCGGCGGCGGCGGCGGGAGGUAAAGGCGGGAAAUUCUCGGUGGAGGAGCUGUACGGGUUCACCAAGAAGCCGAAGGUGAACAGAGGGAGUUCUGGGAAACCGGACAAAGGCGAGGGGAGGAAAGAAACGAAGGAGAAGGAAGAGUCGGCGCUGGCCUCGCAGAUCCUGGAGGCAGCCAGGAGACUGAUGGAGAGACGACGGCUCGAGAUCUACCUGAAGGAGUGUGACGUCACCAUGGAGCAGCGCCACAUGCCGUACAGGAAUCUUGGAAAAUCUGGUCUGAGAGUGUCCUGCUUAGGUCUGGGAACAUGGGUGACAUUUGGCUCUCAGAUCUCUGAUGAGAUGGCGGAGAAUGUGAUGACGGUGGCGUACGACAGUGGAGUGAACUUGUUCGACACAGCAGAGGUUUACGCCUCAGGGAGGGCAGAGACGACUCUGGGAAACAUCCUGAAGAAGAAAGGAUGGAGGAGGUCCAGUUAUGUGGUGACCACUAAGAUCUACUGGGGAGGACAGGCGGAGACAGAGCGAGGGUUGUCGCGGAAACACAUCAUUGAAGGUCUGCGUGGAUCUCUCUCCAGGUUACAGUUGGACUAUGUUGAUAUCGUAUUCGCCAACAGGAGUGAUAUCAACGCACCCAUGGAGGAGGUUGUCCGUGCGAUGACCUUUGUAAUCGAUCAGGGUUUGGCCAUGUACUGGGGAACGUCACGCUGGAACGCUGUGGAGAUCAUGGAGGCGUACUCUAUAGCCCGACAGUUUAACCUGGUUCCUCCGGUGUGUGAACAGGCUGAGUAUCAUUACUUCCAGAGAGACAAGGUGGAGCUGCACCUGCCAGAGCUCUACCACAAGAUCGGUGUCGGAGCCAUGACCUGGUCUCCGUUAGCCUGCGGUCUGCUGACGGGAAAAUACAACGAGGGAGUCCCCGAGAGCUCCAGAGCCGCCAUGAAGGGUUAUGCGUGGCUGAAGGAGCGUCUCUGCAGCGACGAAGGGAAGAAGCAGCUCAGUAAAAUCAAAGAGCUCCACCUGCUGGCCGACAGACUGAGCUGCACUCCUGCUCAGCUCGCUAUAGCAUGGUGUCUCCGCAGUGAAGGUGUCAGCUCGGUUCUCCUUGGCGUCUCCAACACAGAACAGCUGCUGGAGAACCUCGGUUCUAUCAGGGUUCUGUCUCAGCUGACUCCGCCCCUCGUCGGGGAGAUGGAUGCGUUGCUCGGCAACAAGCCUCGAAACGCCAAGAAGGAGGCAAGGAGCUGAGGAGGAAACUAAAGAGGUUAUUACAAACACUCGGAAAACACGACGGUGAACGGACGGACACGUGGAAUAAAAACGGUAUUUAUUCUUCAGGGGUGCAUCGUCCUUGUCGUCACGGAGACGGGAAGAUUUCGUCAUCCAUCCACAGAGAGACUUUAGUUCCUGCAGAUAAUCAGAAAUAUUUAUUCUUAUUAACUGGAAGACACGGGUGCAGAGCCUCGUGUUCAGCGUUUGUCAUCAGCUGAGUUCUUCGUGUGUCCGACGCCGUCGUCACGGCAACAAAACAUAUCCAAGUUAGUUUCAGCUUUAUGCAUGGAGACAC